AUGGAUGGCCAGUGGGGUCAUUGUAUCGGGGAGGAAUGUGGUUCUGGCGGGGUUCAGACGAGGACAAUAUGGUGUGUCCACACGGAGGGCUGGACAACCCACCACUCUCACUGUCAGCACAUCCACAAGCCUGAAAGCCGACGCCAAUGCUUUAAGGUCUGCGAUUGGCACCAGGACCUCUUUGAGUGGGAGCUGUCUGAGUGGGGGGGCUGUGUUCUUGUCCCUUUCUUUUCCAAUGAGCUCAAGCUGAGGACAGCUGAGUGCAUUACAGCACAGCAUGGCAUCCAGAGGCGCAAAGUCCAUUGUGUACGCACUUCAAACCGCACCACAGUCACCUCGAGGAUAUGUGAGUUCUUUUCCCAGAAACCACCUGUGGAGCAGGCAUGCCUCAUCCCCUGUCCCCAGGACUGUGUGGUUUCAGACUUCACCUCCUGGUCAAGUUGCAGCAAGACCUGCGGCGUUGGCCUGCAGCAUCGGACUCGACAUGUCCUGGCCACGCCAAUGUUCGGAGGGGCAAACUGCCCCAAUCUGACUGAGACCAAGACUUGUUCUGGCCCUGUUGACUGCCCUGCUGGGGAGGGCGAGUACCAGUACAGCCUUAAAGUGGGGGCCUGGAGUGAGUGCAGACUACCACAUCACAAGGAUGCCAUGUUAAGUGGUAGGACCACUGUGGACUUCAGUACCAGCUCCAAAGAGAACAAUACAGUCACGUUGCACACACAGGCAUCUCACCACCACUCCCAUCCCCACCACCAGCACCAGCACCGCCAUCUUCAUGCCCACAACAAGUACCCCGUGUCAUGGGAACUAGAGGUGGGCUACCAGACACGACAAGUCCGCUGCACACGGAGUGAUGGCAAGAAUGCUAUGCUGAGUCUCUGUACCAAGGACAGCUCCCCCCUAACCUUCCAGGCAUGUGUGAUGCCGAAAGACUGCCAGACAUCUGAUUGGUCAUCGUGGAGUCCCUGCUCUAAGACCUGCCGGUCCACCGACCUGUCUCCUGGUUACCGCCUCCGGUCACGGAUCAUGACGCAGAUCCCAGUCGGCGGCGGUAAAAGAUGUCCUGCCCUUGAGGAAAAAGAAGCUUGCAACAUCAUAGGAGAUUUACUUCCAAACUGCCCCAGGUAUGUGUGGAGGACCACUGACUGGGACGAAUGUCGCAUUGCCCCCUUACUGAACAAGCAGCACCGGCGCCUGGCUAACAUCAGUAUUCUGUGUGGAGGGGGGAUCCAGACCAGGAAGAUCUACUGUGUUCAAGUCCCUGAUGACUCAGCACCACAUCACAGGAAGGAGGUGUCCAGGCCUGUGAAUGCCAGGUUGUGUGCUGGUGAAGAGCCUCCCCUGGCCGUUCAGCAGUGCUCCAUCCCCUGCCAGCACCACUGCCUGGUCUCCCAGUGGUCACACUGGGGUCCCUGCCUGCCCGACAACUGCAAAGAACCACACGGGAAGAAAGGUUUCAGACAGAGGAGGAGAAAGGCGUUGUGGGAAUCCAGCAGUCCUCCAGAGACCUGCCCUCAUCUAGUAGAGUCCAUUCCCUGCGAGGACCCUGCCUGCUACCUGUGGCAGGCUCAACAAGAGGGAAGAUGCAUUCCCACUAAAAGGGCCUGUGGUCCUGGAAGUGCAGUCCAGAAUGUGACCUGUGUCAGUGCUGAAGGCGUGGAUGUCCCCUUUGCCCACUGCGUAGACAACCCACCUCCAACGGAAGUGGCCUGUGAGGUAUCCUGUCCUUCAGACUGUGUGGUUGGCUCCUGGUCCUCCUGGUCACCCUGCUCUCACAGCUGUGCCACUAAGACCGCAGAGGGCCGACAGAGCCGUACACGCACUGUGUUGGCCCUCCCAGGAAAAGAAGGGAAGGAGUGUCCAGCAGCUCCAGCUCUUGAAGAGUGGAGAGUUUGCAAUGACCAUCCUUGCAUGGUGUUCUACUGGGAGGCCUCAGCAUGGGGUCCCUGUAUUGAAGAUACCUCUAUGGAUCUCAAUGGAACCAGCUUCUGGAAUGGGACCCGUACCUGUGCUGUGGGUGUCCAAAUCCGCAAAGUCACCUGUAUGAAAAUGAAUGUUGGACCUGUCAUAAACAAAAGGUGUUCAGAUUCUGCUCGUCCAGAAACGGCAAGACCCUGUCUGCUUCCUUGCAAGAAAGACUGCAUUGUGACACCCUUCAGUGAAUGGACAGCCUGUCCAUCAACUUGUAUGCCAGAAAAUGCGACCACCGCCACACAGUCUCGAUACAGGAUUAUCAUUCAGAAGUCCGCUAAUGGAGGUCAAGAGUGUCCCGACACACUGUAUGAAGAGAGAGAGUGUGAAUCACUUCCUUUAUGUCCAGUGUAUAGGUGGAGGACACACAAGUGGCACAGCUGUACUCUGGUUCCAGAAUCUGUUCGACGUGGAUUAUCUGGAACAGGAGAAGCCUGUGGAAAUGGUUUAGAAACAAGAGGAGUCAGUUGUGUUGGGGAGGACGGUGAGUCAGCCAAUAUGACGGAGUGCCUGAGAUGGGCUGACCCUUUACCCCCUCAGAUCAGAGAGUGCCGGGUGGCUUGCAAGGACGACUGCACUCUAACUGCAUGGUCCAAGUUCUCUGAAUGCGCUGGAUGUGGCAGCUCCCGAAGUCGCAAGCGCUCACUCACAGGUCGCAGUAAAAAGAAGGAGCAUUGCCAGAGUGAGGAGCUGUACCCGCUAGAGGAGACAGAAGCUUGUCCCUGUGAUGAGUUUUUGUCCCAAUCCUAUGGGAACUGGUCUGCUUGCAUCCUCCCUGAUCCUUCAGCUCCGGGGUCCCUGCAGAGUUGGAUGAGCCACCAGGAGGUAAAGGAGUGUGGCCAAGGUCUACGCUACAGGGCUGUGGCCUGCAUAGACCAACAGGGAAACCCAGUCAACCCCACGCUAUGUACAGACACAGGCUACAUGGUGGAGGUUUGCCACAUCCCCUGCCCUCUAGACUGUAAGCUCAGUGACUGGUCGGCCUGGUCAAUCUGCAGUGUAUCCUGUGGCAGCGGGUUGAAGAUGAGGUCCAAGUGGCUCAGGGAGAAAGCUUUCAACGGGGGUCGCCCAUGCCCCAAACUUGAUUUGAAGAACCAGGUGUACGAGGCCAUGCCGUGCCAUACUGAAUGCAGCCAGUAUGAGUGGAGGAUUGAGCCCUGGUCCAUUUGUACCAUCAACACCGUGGAUGACUUGCCAGCCUGUGGAGAGGGAGUCCAAAGCCGCAAGAUCAGGUGUGUGAAGAAGGGAACAACAAGCGGGGAGGCCCGCAAUGUGGAGGACAGUUUGUGUGAUCAGGAAGAAAUGCCACCCACUGCCCAGGUCUGCUUUCUGGCCUGCCCCAACGACUGUGUCACAGCACCCUGGGGACCUUGGAGCAACUGCCCUCUGCAAUGUGACCAAGGGACAGAAAGAAACAGGAGCAGACAUAUCCUCCGCCAACCUGCUUCAGCAAAUUCAGUCUGUCCAGAGCUGGUCCAGUCAGAACCCUGCAUCCUCAACAGCACCUGCUUCACCUACCAGUACAGAGUCUCAGACUGGAGUACAUGCCAGCUGAGUGAAAAUGCCAUCUGUGGUCAGGGUUCACAGUUGCGUCUCCUGGACUGUAUCAACAGCGAUGGCAAGAUUGUGGAGUUACAGAAGUGCGAGCAGUUUGGUCUGAUCAACAAGUGGAAGCUGUCAGAGAGCUGCGUGGUAGACUGUCCUGUCAGCUGUAUACUCUCUGAUUGGUCGCCGUGGGCUGAGUGCUCGCACACCUGUGGUAGCCAAGCUCAGUCUGCGCGCACUCGGAGAAUCCUCCAGGAGGCUCAUGAAGAGGGCCGUCCCUGUCCCAACCAGCUCACCCAGACCAAGCCAUGUCCCAUAAGGCCUUGCUACAUGUGGCUGCUCAGUGAUUGGUCCCCCUGCACAGUGGAGGGUGCAGAGUGUGGUGAGGGGCUUCGAAAAAGAGACCUGUCAUGUGUCGUCCACUGGGGUGACUGGCCUGAGUCUCCUCCUCAACCAGUAGAGGACGAGCUCUGUGGAGACAAACUGAGACAGCAGAUCCAACAAGAGAUGGAGCAGCCCUGCUUCGUCCCUUGUCUAGGAGACUGCCAUUUGACUGAGUGGUCAUCUUGGAGCUCUUGCCAGCUGACCUGUCUGGAGGGGCGGAGCUUUGAGACUACCGGGCGCCAAUCCCGCUCCAGAGCCGUGAUCAUUCAGGUCAUGGAGAACCAGGGCAGCUGCCCACAUCAAGUCUUUGAGACCCAGCCCUGUAAAGGAGGAAAAUGCCACACUUACCAGUGGAGGACAGGAGGAUGGAGCAACAAUGAGAGAGCAGUGUGGUGUCAGCGCUCAGAUGGUGUCAAUGUCACAGGGGGGUGUUUCCUGCAGAAAAGGCCGACCACGGUCAGACACUGCCAUCCUCCAUGCACCAAACCCUUCUCACACUGCACACCGAGUGGAGUGUGUGGGUGUGAGAAGGGUUACACUGAAGUAAUGACCACGCAUGGCUUCUUGGACUACUGCACCAGAACCCCGGGGGUGGACAACAAUAAGAAAGCUGAUGUGAAAACCAACUCUGGAAGAUUAAAACCGGGGCCAUCUCAGGCCCAGGACCUUUUCAACGAGUGGACCUUACGACCUGUUGGCCCAGAUGGAAGAGUAAAGCUGUGGGUUUAUGCCGUGACUGCCGUCGGAUUCAUCUUAAUACUCUUCAUUAUUGCAUUAUCAUUCCUGGUCUGUAAACCAUCCAAAACCACAAAGACGUCUCCUCCACCACAGAAGCCCUUGACCCUGGCUUAUGAUGGUGACAUGGAUAUGUAAACAGGCUGCUAUACCUCACAAAGACAAACUCCUGACUGCAUCCAGAUUGUUAGCACGCACAUCUGUCACAUACCACCCUUUGUUAGCCAAGUUUGAACUGGGUGACUUUUUGCUGUAGUGCCAAUUGUACUGCAAAAAUGGAGCGGACAAAUAAUGCUCAUACAUGAUGUGCUGCUUAUGGGUGGGAUAGCACAGAAUUUUGGCUGCAGCCAACUUUCCUCCCCGAAUAAGCAGAACCAAAGCCGGACAUGGUGAAAAUAAGACAAAGACUCUUUGGACAAAGGAAAGAAAUGGACCUGUACUUUCUUUUUUAACUGCGUGCAACAUGGAGCCACAGAUGCAGCACUGUUUGCAACCCUCAAAACAACAGGACUCCUAAAAGCCGAAAAAGACAACAAAGUGGAUCCACAGGGGGUUUGCAGCUUUUUGUGUUAAAAAUCUGAAGGGCCAUGUGGCCCUGGUUGUCUAGUAUUUGUGUCGGGAGAGAGAAAAAACAACUUGAGUCAGCAGUCACUCAUGACAUUCAAAGGCGGAACAAUGGCACGUUUGACAUUUGACUUUGUGUCAUCAGUGCUGGAUAUUUGUAAAGGAAAUGUCACAAGCCUUUUGGGUAAACAAACAGCCUUUUUUUGAAUUCCUGAGAAUAAACAAGAUGCUCUAUGCACUACGUUAGUGCUGAUUCACUUUUGGUUUUCCUUUCAAAUGACUUUUCUAGUGUUUUAAUUGUUAUGCAAGUUGUUGCUGUCAGAUUGUGUUUUGUUGAUGAUGCCAUGUGUUGUGUAUAUGUGGAAACCAAAAGCAGGCUUGCCUUGAGUUUAAUGAUACAAUGAUGCAGUAAUUUCUCCUACCUAAUUCUCACUAGACAGUCGGCCACUGAGAACUGAUUUAAGAAACAUUCUCAGAAUCGUGGAAUUUGUACCGAAACAUGGCAGACUGCUCUGCUGACAAAUGCAGUCAUGAAUUAACAGAAAACAACAAACAUAGACCUUUAAUGCAAAUUAUCAAAUACCAGCAUGAUAGGAAAAAAUCAUACCUCAUGUAUACUUUUUCAUCAAAUUUUUUCAUCAAAUUUAAAACAAAAAACUGAUCACCAAAAACCAAUACAAGAAUAGAGAGGAAGGAUUAUCUACUGGAUCACACACAGCACAUUUAAUAGAGCAAGUAUGCUUUACUUCUUUGACAAGAACGUCAUACUUCAAUCAUUUAGUUUAUUUCAUAUCAUUACAUCCAGUUAUUAGGUCAGCUGGCAGAGAGCAAGGAGAGCAACUUGUUUUUGACAGUAGAUUUGUUUCUUCUGUUUUCUGUUCUCAUUUUUUUUUCCCUUUUUGCACCAUGACAGGGCUUAAAACAUGAAAGUCAGCAAAUACCAAAUAUUAGUGAGCGCAUAUUAAGUCUUAUAUUAAUAGGUUAUUUCUUAUGUCUGUUUCUCUGGAGUAAAGACUUCUUUUAUUCAGCCCUGGAUUUUUUUUUUUUUUAAUUUCCACUCCCAGUACAAGACAUCCACAAUUUUGAUGGCCAGAGCAUCAUCCCAAAGCAUUUUGAUGGACCAUUAACUCUCACAUUUAGUAUCAUUUCAACAUGGAUCCUUCAGUCUAUAAUUCAUUCGACCCAGUGGAGAAUUCAGUUCCUAAUACUCGGUGGUUUUGGAGCUGACCAGAGUUUAUGCUGUUUCUCUUUCUGCCUCCACAAACUGAAGAUUUGGUCUUGUGUUAUCCGACCUCCUUCUGAAUGUAUUUUACCAGUAACUCUAUAAUCUCAGUGGUUGUGGAACUAUGGUUGUUACAUGCUGUAACAAUUGUAUUCAGCAGCUGAUUGUAUGUAGGCAUGCUUGAUCCAUUUUGGCAGAAAGUGCUCCAAGUGGCCUUGCAAAUAUUGUUUUACAAGUUGCCAAACAUUUUAGAGUAGUUUGUUUUAGGCAAUGUUUCUACUAUUCGGCCAACGAAGGGACAUAUGGUAAAGAUUCAGUCAAUAUUAAACCCAAUUGUGAAAUACUGAUAAUUUUGAUAACGUGACCAACUAAUUAACAAGUUAUCUGGUCAUAUUUCCAUUAUAAACUAAAGAACAGCCAAUCUUUGACCUGAAAAGAAAAUUCUAUUGGAUUAUGUCUCAGAAAAUCUAAUAGUAUGUUCACUCAUUGUUUACAGUACCAUGCUAUUUGUGUUACUGUUGUGUGUACAUGGAGAGCUGGACAAAAAUGCAAAUAAAUUGUGGAAUACUGUGAAAAGAAAACUGCA